CUGAGCUGAUCUACAGCUUCAACUGCAACACACACACACACAAUUGGAUUCAUUUCACACCAAGUCUCCGCAAAUGGUUCCGAUCAGGGGCGUAGAAUUGGGUUGGGAUGCUAAGGACACGUCCCUACGAUCCGACCGCUGUCCAUAGUGUUUAGUCGAUGAUUACGCACAUACAGGGUUAACAGUCGGCCUCUGCUACAAGUCCCGCCUCUGACCUAAAUGCCGUUCCCGCUAACGUACCUGUGAUUGGCCGUAGUCAACAUGUUUGGCUUUUGUUCUGCCUUGGUCACAGAUUUGAAUAUUAGUGGUGUCAUGUACAUUUACGUUCGUAUUUGUGUCUGUUGUGUGCGUGCGUGUUUGUGCAGAGUAAUUAGGAUUUGAAGGAUGUCGAAGAGAAAAACUGGAUGUAAGACAUGCCUUUAAGAGUCAAGUAUAAGUUAGUUCAGGGUAUAGAACUGUAGAGGCUCACAAUUCAGUUAGUUCUUGGAAACACACAUCAGAGACAUCCUUUAAGAAAUAUUGAAGAUAAGAUAUGCCUUUUCUUUGUCCCACAAGAGGAAAUUCUAGGUGACUGCAGCGAAGCACAAAAGCACACAAGAGCAGAAUGCAAAAUCAAAGAAUAAAGACAAAUCGAGAAAGCCAGAUAAACUAUUACAGUUGUGUGUCUGUUGGUCAUGCUACAGUUGAACAGGAACAGUUUAUUGCAGUUUAUUGCAUGGUUUUUUAUGGUUUUUUAUGGUUUUUCAUGGUUUAUUUUGUAUGGCUUUUCAUGGUUUAUUGCACAGUUUUUCAUGGUUUUUCAUGGUUUAUUGUGUGGUUUAUUGUGUGGUUUAUUGUGUGGUUUAUUGUGUGGUUUAUUGUGUGGUUUAUUGCUCAGAGUUCUUUGCAGCAGUUCUUAUUGUGGAGCCUGACCUCUGCAGGAAGUAAAGACCUUCCACCUGUUGGAGCUCCUUAGUGCAGUGAGUGUGUUUGGAGGGGUGGGAGUCUUUGUCCAUCAUGGAGGACAGAUUGGCUGUCACACACCCCCCCCCCUCCCCCCACUGGUUCCAGAGGACACCCCAGGACAGAGCCGGCCUUCUGAAUCAGUUUGUCCCGCCUCUUCCUGUCAGCUGCUGUGAUGCUGCUCCCCCAGCAGACCACACUGUAGAAGAUGGCAGAGGCCACAACAGAGUCGUAGAAGGUCUUCAGGAGUGGACCCCCCACCCCACCCCCGGACCCCAAAGUCCCUGGGCCUCCUGAGCAGAUAGAGGAUAUGGCUGCUGCCGGUCGUGUCCGAUCUGAAGAUCAGUUCCUGUGUUCCAUCUGUCUGGAUGUCUUCACUGAUCCAGUCACUACAUCAUGUGGACACAACUUCUGCAAAUCCUGCAUCUCUGAACACUGGAGGGUGAAUGUCCCAUAUCAGUGUCCCAUGUGUAAAGAGGAAUUCAACACAAAACCUCAGCUGAAGAUCAACACAAUCAUCUCAGAGAUGGUGGCUCAGUUCAGACAUGAAGCUCAACAUGAACCAAACAUCUACAGCUCAGACCAACAAGCUGCCAAACCAGGAGAAGUUCCCUGUGACGUCUGCACUGAACCCAAACUGAAGGCCCUGAAGUCCUGCCUGGUGUGUCUGACCUCCUACUGUCGGACUCAUGUGGACCCAUCUGAUACGUUCAGCUGAAAUUACAUCAGCUGAUCGACCCUGUGAGAACCUGAAAGACAGGAUGUGUAGGAAACACAAGAAACCUCUGAGGCUGUUCUGUAAAACCGACCACACAUGUAUCUGUCAACCUGCACCUACUCAGACCACAAAGGUCAUGAUGUUACUCCUCUGAAAGACGAACAUAAAGAGCAGAAGCCAAAGCUGAAGAAGACAGAGGCUGAAAUUAAGCAGAUGAUCCAGGAGAGACGACUGAAGAUCCAGGAGAUCCAACGGUCAGUGGAGCUCAGUAAGAACGCUGCAGACAGAGAACAGCAGAAGGUGUUGAG